AUGGGCAACUCCGAGUCCCGGGAAGCGUCGUCCUCCGGCUCGAGCUCCUCGCGCCCCGUGCGGCGCUCGCUACCCCCGCAGUCCAGUGUGGACUCAUCGGAUAUGGGCGGGCCAGGUAUCCGCGGCGAGCGGCGCUCGGCGUCGAUGCCCAGCGAUCGGGACGUCGCAGCAGCAGCGAACCGACGCCACGUGCCGCGUCCGCGGCGUUCUCGACGGCCUCCGAGCAGCUCCAGCUCCAGUAGCGACGACAGGAUGCAGCAAGAGAGAGGAGGCAUUGAGAGGGGGCAGCAGGCCACGGAGGAGGCGUCGUCGCAGCUCAGCUACUGGUACUUGAUCAAGCACGGCUACACGGAGCUGGUGCACCUCAUCAUCCGGCCGCCACGCACAGACUACGACCAGGAGGACCUCGGCCCGGACGAGUUCUCCUUCGCCGGAAGGGCUUUUGUGAGGGAGGACUUUGUGGUGGUGAACGACCGCAGACAGAAGCUUGUGUGCUCGCAUUGGCGGCCGGCGCCGUCGUCUGCUGCUCCCUCAGCACAAGAAUUGAUGCCGUGUGUGGUGUAUUUGCACGGCAAUUCGUCGUGCAGAUUGGAGGCGCUGGGCGUGCUGCGGACGUGUCUGGCUGCUGGACUUACGGUUGCGGCGUUUGAUACGGCGGGGUGUGGCAAGUCGGACGGAGAGUAUAUUUCGCUGGGAUACUACGAGCGGGACGACUUGAGGGAUGUGGUGACGCAUCUCCGUGCAAAGAGGAAUGUCGGAGCUGUAGCGCUGUGGGGGCGCAGUAUGGGGGCGGCUACAGCGCUGCUGCAUGCAGAUAGGGACCCGUCCAUUGCAGGUAUUGUCGUGGAUAGCGCCUUCGCAAGUCUUGAGCAGCUCGUAGAGGAAGUGGUGGAACGCGGACGUCAGGAAGGAUUGACGCUGCCAGGAUUUUUGGUGAAGAUCGUGCUCAAGUUUAUCCGCUCUUCGGUGAAGAAGCGAGCUCAUUUUGAUUUGCGGCGACUCGCUCCGAUAGAUCACGCCCCCGUGUCCUUUGUCCCAGCGCUGUUCGUCGCUGCAGAGCACGAUUCAUUCGUGGCGCCACACCAUAGUGACCAGAUCUUCGCGGCAUACGGCGGCGACAAGAACCUUGUCAAGGUAGAUGGAGACCAUAACAGUUCCCGACCCCAAUUUUUGCUGGACUCGGCGGCGAUUUUCCUACAGACCGCGUUGCAGGUGGAUGCAGCCACAACCGCGCAGCCGAGUGGGUUUGCUGACGGACUUACAGCUGGCGGGGGGCGUGCUCCUUGGGAGGGCGCAAUGGGCCGGACGUCGUCGCUCUCAAUGUGUUCAUCGCCCGCCUCUUCCUAUCGAAUGACUCAAGAUCUUGAUGCACGAUACUCUGGCAAAACCUCAAUGCUUGUACCGAUGGAGCCGUGGUCUUGCCCCUCGUGCACCUUCGUCAAUCGACCAUUGUCGAUGCAGGUAAGAGCAGCCUGCAUUUCUGCCACCAGUUGGGUCCAGUACAACGCUAACAUUUGCUUCGUUUUGUCCAUUCAGUGUGAAAUGUGCCGUAACAUUUACCUCCCAGAUGAUGACGAGGACGAUGACGAUGAUGAGGCUGAAGAUGCUGGCGAUGAAGAGGACGACGCUUUAGCUAAUGAAGCUGCACGAAGACGUGCGUUAACGACUGGUGGUGUGCGUCCCUCUCCUGCUCCGACACAAUCACGAAGUGGCGUUUCUCGAAGACGGACAAUGGAAGCAGUACCCUCGCCCUGUCCAUCGUUUGUGUCUUCAACGUCAGCUCAGCGGCCAGCAAGAUCCGAACGAUCAGUAGGUGUUGCUACAGUCACGACGGCACCAACGUCCGUAUCUUCACGAACGUCGUCCCCAUAG